UUUCUGUAUCCCUGCCUCAGCACGGUUAGUGCUUUCACGCAGUCUGACUGGGCACUCAACUCUCAACCCACAAGGCCUGGUCCAUUUGCUGCUGUUUAAGGCUCCACACAGGUGAUCAGGAUGUCGCUUUUGAAGAGUUUGGAGAAGUAUCGGGAUGUGGAUGAAGAUGCCAUCCUCAGAAGCCUCACAGAGGCUGAGAUUGCUCAGCUGGAGAAUGAACUGGAGGAGAUGGACCCCGAGAAUGCUCUUCUACCAGCUGGCAUGCGUCAGAGGGAUCAGACAAAGAAGUCCCCAACAGGGCCUUUUGACAGAGAUGCAUUACUUACUCAUCUGGAGAAAGAAGCUCUUGAGGUGGAAGAGCGAGAAGAUCUUGUUCCAUUUACUGGCGAGAAACGAGGAAAGCCAUUUAUUGACAAGAACCCAAAAAGAGAAAUCCCAAAGGAAGAACAGAUCACACUUGAACCAGAACUGGAAGAGGCCUUAGCCAAUGCUACAGAUGCAGAAAUGUGUGACAUUGCAGCUAUCCUGGGAAUGUACACACUAAUGAGCAACAAACAGUAUUAUGAUGCACUUUGCUCAGGCGAGAUUGCCAACAAGGAAGGAAUCAACAGUGUAGUGAAACCAGACACCUACAAAGUAGUUCCAGAUGAGCCUCCAAAUCCCACAAAUGUGGAAGAAACUCUAAAGAAAAUCAAAAACAAUGACAAGGACCUUGAGGAGGUGAACCUGAACAAUAUUAAGGACAUUCCCAUACCAACCCUGAAGGAUAUCUGUGAGGCUUUGAAACACAACACCCGAGUAAAGAAGUUUAGCAUUGUUGCCACAAGAAGCAAUGACCCUGUUGCAUAUGCUCUGGCUAGCAUGCUGAAAGAGAAUAAGACACUGGAGAGUCUAAACAUUGAAUCAAAUUUCAUCACAUCAGAGGGAAUGAAGGCAGUCAUCCAGGCCAUGAAACAGAACACGACCGUCAUGGAAUUAAAAAUAGAUAACCAGCGGCAGAAUCUUGGAGACUCUGUGGAGAUGGAAAUUGCAAAGAUGCUGGAGGAGAAUUCAUCCAUCAUUCGAUUCGGCUACCACUUCACACAGCAGGGACCACGGGCCCGGGCAGCUAUGGCAAUAACUAAGAACACUGAACUUCGUCGCCAGAAGAGAAAAAGAUGAAAAACAUUGGACUAUACCAUCCAUGAAGACCAUGCCUUCCUGUUGUCUACUCAGCAGCCUCAAGAAAAGUUUGCAUUUAACAUCCAUCACUGUUAUUAAAGACUUGAAAGAAAAUUAUUAUUUCUGUUGGUUCACUUCCAUUAUUUAUGAGCAAUACUUCAAAAACGUCUUUCCCUCACUUAUGUGUCAGAUUUAUUUACAAUAUUUUGUUACUUUGAUUACGGCUUUCUGUACAUUGCUUGACUGAUUUUCUUUUUGCCAUGGAAUAUACAGUAUUUUAUUUCAGUAAAAUGUAUUUCUCGGUGGGAUUAAUAGCAGUGAAAUAACAAAGGAUAUGGUGGAAUGUGCUAAGAAAUAUUGCACUUUGGAGGUUGCUGAAAGAACCUUCAAUGAAGUUUGAAGGAUUUACAAAAUCAUCUCAUCUUGAGGCUAUGUAUAAAAUAGCAUUUCAUGUGCAAUGCCCUAACUUAAUGUGUAUAAUUACUGGCUGGCACUUUUCAUUAAAGUAGUUAUAUAAAAUAAGGUCAAAGACAAACAGGUUUACUUUGCUGUUUAUCAACAGCAAUACUGUCUGUCAUCAGGAUGUUUGGGUAUGUGCAUAAUUGAAGAAACUUACCACACAUUUACUGUAAAAUCUGCAUGCUUACUGAACAAAAAAAUAAUAAUUCCCAUAUGUUAAAUGUGCAAGCAAAUAAUUAUAACUUGAAAAUUAUCAGUUAGGAAUGUAUGGACACUUUUAAAAUAAGUAUAGGAUGUAGCAACGUACAGAGGAGACUGGACAGGAAACAUCUACUGCCUGGAAUGAGUGAUGAGCAGUGGCAAAAAUGCAAUUUAUAUAAAGACAUACUUAACACUGGAAUCUUAUAUUUAGCUUCUAGUUUCCAUUUUUUUCCAGACUGACUGAUGCUGUAAUGACACAUUCACUUGGUGUGUGUUCAAAGCUAGGAUCUAAUCCUACUACACACUACUUUAAAAGAAUGAUAUCAUUUUAUGAUGCAGUAGUCAUUCUUGUCCUUCCGUAUCUCGAGUGGCCACAUUCUAAUGACAUCUUCUCCAGAUAGGCAAAUAACCUAAUCUUUGUGGCAAGUCAUUAUGAAGUCUGUUUUUAAGAAGGGAAAAAAAUCACUUAAAAUAUUUCACCUGUCAAUAACCUGCAGAAUAUGUUAGGCCAUCGAAUGUGUUCUCGGGUCUUAAAAUAAUGACAUUGACCUACUAAACUAUAGUCCUCAUAACCUGAGAAGUUUCAGAGCACUAGUUUGAGGGUGGUUUUGAACUGCCAGAGCCAAGUCUAGAAUAAAAACCACAACUGAAACUCCCAAAAAACAAAUAACCAAAAGGAACAAAGUAUAGUGUGAGGAAAGGAC